ACCUGUCAAACCGAACAAAAACAUUACUCGUCGCGUAGUUGAAUCAUAACUUUAUUUUUUUCGUAGAAAAUAAUUCCCGUAAAAAAAAGCCAUAAAUCUCGAAAAUGCAAAUACUCGCUGCUCAUUAACGCCGGAAGUACUGAUCCCCGUGUGCCGGAAGUUUUUUUUUGUGGGGGGAGGAAUAAUAGUGCUCAAUUUGCGUGAGAGAAAUCAAACGAAAGGAAAAGAUGUCCGUGCCAAGCAGAAGGUGGAACUGAAUAAUAAAUAAAAUUAUGUUGUUGCCCACUCGCGAAAAGUGAAAAUAUUUUUAUUUGGUGACAAAUCGCCAAAAUUGAUUCAAAUCCGCCGUCCGAAGAAUAGUGCUCAUCCGCGGGACCAGUGCGGAGUUGUUCGUAGAUUAGAACGUAAAAGCGUACAUAAAUAAAAACCAGCAAUCAGAAUGAUGAACUCCACUGGAAAUGGCCGUGGGCUAGGCGGUGCCGGAAGUGGCGCAGGCAAGGAACCUUCGAAGCGCUUCUCGAUCCACGACGCGUUCGAGGAGGAGACGGACGAGGUCAUUAAGGUGUACGGUUCCACGGUGAUAUCGACGCCGAUGCGGGCCAAGGCGAGAUCACCGGAUGAUGUUUCCAUUCGGGUGCAUCAUGACCAGCGGACCAGUCUAAAGUACACCGAUGAUACCACCUCCAGGGACAGCGACUCGUUGAUUCAGGAGUACGGCAACCUGUCCGGCACCGGCGAACACUACACCUACUGCUGGCGCCACCCAAAGGUACGGGAAAACUGGCGAACCGUGCUGGCCGCGGUCACGCUGCUCGUCAUCGGAACCGGACUGAUCGCGAUGGGCGCGUACGCCAUUGCGGAGCCCCACAACGGAUCGCAGGCGGCCGUGUUCUUCGUGGCCGGAUUCAUCUGCUUCGUGCCUGGGGCGUACCACGUGGUGUACAUCUGGCUAGCGGCCCGCGGUUACCGGGGCUUUGACUUUUACCAUCUGCCACUGUUUACGUAAAUCGUCGCCGGCGCAAGUAAGUAGUGAAACGAUUUUAGGCAACGCACUCAACUCAAUGCUGGCGAAAUCAUGCUCAUCACCAACCGCGCUCGCUGUUGCAAAUCGACAAGUGGAGUGUGCAGAAAUCGGACUUGAAACCCGCUCGAAAUGUGAUUAAUUGUAAGGUUUUUUUUUAUUUAGUACUAUUUAUACUAUACCUACUUUAUUUCUGGUUUUCAAAAUUUACAUACGUUAAUGAUGGCGUAAAGGAGCACUUAUAAAUUAUCAUACACGACCUUAUAAUACCCUAGACAAGCUAAGCGAUACGUUCAUUGACGGACUCUCUUAUGUAUAGAAAUAUAUAUAAUUUUUACAAGAGUUUAGCGAAAUCCAA